CUGUGCAUCUGACUAAAGACUUCCUGCUACAGGAGCGUUCUUCAGAGAGAUGCCGAGAAAAGGCCAGACGGCCGUGACAAUGGAAAUUGAGUGAGUGGAUUGGCUGUAAAGACGUCUGAGAACUUAGCAGGGUAGUCGAGGUAUUUUCAGCUCGUCUCAGUGGGUCUUAGGGAAAUAAACACAAGGGAAAUAAGAAUUAGAAAGCAGAGUAAACAUUUUCCUCAAAUAUCUUAAAUAAUAAUCCCAGGAAAUUUGAUAGAAAUAUUUUUAGAUGUUUUGCAAAGACAAAGAUAUGAGACAAUCAAAUGGCUGAUUCUCCUCCUCUUCCCCUCACUGUACAAUCUGUGUCGUGAAUGUCUGAGGUGAACGUGGUGGUGAAGGUAUGUCGCUGUUAUCAACAACUCUCAGUUCAUUCUUAUGUCAAGACGCUGGUGGAUAAUAGCCCCAGUGUGUGAGCACUAACUGGUCCUAACUGGUGCCAUGCUGCCCCAAGCAGCCAGACAAUGGUGGGUAUUCUGCUUUGGGACGGAGAGAGCGUGAGUGGGUGUCAGGAAUGACCAGUCUGGGGGAAGGAGAUGGGGGCGUCCAAUAUGGCCUCAGCACAGGGACGAGGCUGUGUUUGAGUCUGGAGGGGGAACGCAGCAUCACAAAGAUGUGUCUGUCUGCCUCUGCACCCACAAUCUAAGUGUCAUCGUGGGAGAUACAGAAAGAAAGAAAGAGAGAAAGAAAGAAAGAAAGAAAGAGAGAAAGAAAGAAUAGAUGGAGAAGGGUGGGAGAUGGUGGGACAGAGCCGUCACUCUCGUUUCAUUUGGCGGAGCUGGGGCAGGACGGCCGGGCGAGUUCAGCAGAGCAGCAGAGACUCGGGGAAGCUGUCAGAGAUGCAUCAGGGAGGCAGAGGACAGUCGGACAGAUCGGUGCCGGACGAGGUUCAGGACAGAAUAAGACCGAAGACUCGAGUCUGGUUCCUCAACUUGUGGAGAAUGAACAAUGUCCACUGCCACAGCAGGAAGUUUCAUUAUAAAGAAGGUUUCUACCAAUCCACCGGACAGAGGACGGAUUCUACUGCGGCCACUUAAACAGCUGGAUGUGUCCAUCUCCUGAAGUCCACAGACCUGAGCCGCCACAGUCUCCUCUACCUGAAAGAGAUCGGGAAUGGCUGGUUUGGGAAGGUUCUGCUGGGGGAGGUGAACUCAGGCCUGAGCACCACUGAGGUGGUAGUGAAGGAACUCAAGUCCAGUGCCAGUGUGCAGGACCAGAUGCACUUCCUGGAGGAGGCGCAGCCUUUUCGCCUCCUGCAGCACCCUGCUCUGCUGCAGUGUCUGGCCCAGUGCACCGAGGUCACGCCCUACCUGCUGGUGAUGGAGUUCUGUCCACUGGGGGAUGUGAAGAGUUACCUCCGCAGCUGCAGGACUGCAGAGACCAUGACCCCGGAGCCCUUGAUCCUUCAGCGGAUGGCCUGUGACAUCGCCUCAGGACUCCUGCAUCUGCACAAACACAACUACGCUCACAGUGACCUGGCACUGAGGAACUGCUUGUUAACUGCUGAUGUCUCAGUGAAGAUCGGAGACUAUGGCCUGUCCCACAACAAGUACAAGGAUGAUUACUACCUGACGUCAGAUCAGAUGUUCGUGCCGCUGCGCUGGAUCGCUCCAGAGCUCGUGGACGAGGUGCACGGAAACCUGCUGGUGGCAGACAACACCCAGCAGAGCAACAUCUGGUCUCUGGGCGUGACCAUCUGGGAGCUGCUGGAGUUGGGGAACCAGCCCUACAGACACUACUCUGACCGACAGGUGCUCACCUACGCUGUGAGGGAGCAGCAGCUGCGACUUCCCAAACCACUGCUCCCAGUGCCGCUGGCUGAGCGCUGGUUUGAAGUGAUGCAGUUCUGCUGGCUCCAGCCGGAUCAGAGACCCAAUGCAGAGGAAGUCCACUUGCUGCUCAGCUACCUGUGUGCCAAGGGGGCCAGCGAGGCAGAGGAGGACUUUGAUAGGCGCUGGAACUCGCUGUGUCCUGGAUUCAACAGCCACCACGGUGCCUCUGCAAUGUCACAAGACCACCCCUCGUCCACCUCCUCCUCCUUCCCUCUCCUCGAGCAGUUUUCGGCAGGCGAUGGCUACCACUCGGAGUCUGGGGACGACAUACUAACAGUCACAGAAACCAGCCAUGGCCUGAACUUUGAGUACAAGUGGGAGCAGGCCAGGGCAGACCAGUCCUAUAGAGCCCAGGACUCCUCCAGUACCCUGGGUCAGGUCAACCAUCAUUGCCAGGAAGCAUUUUAUCCACCAGGGGGCAUUGUUGGUGGCUGCCCUAUGGAGAGCCUCAGCCACGCAGUUACUCCUUCAUACUACCAAUCAAAACAUCUCCAUGCUCCUGGUGUUCUCCCCGUCCUCAGUGCCCAUAGCCCCUCAGUAAGCAAUGAAUACUACAUCCGCAUUGAAGAGCCAGUGGAUUGUAACAUCGAUCUGGACUAUACCAUGUGCUCCUACAGCCCAGAGUAUCAGGGCAGCAGUGGGAGCUUCCUUACUGGGAGCGCAGACUCAGGCGAGUGCAUGGCCUGUCCAUCACAAGCUAAGAACAUGGGCAUGGCUCCCUAUUGGGCAGCAGACAUCCAUAAGUCAGAUGUGUUUGACUCCAAUGACUCGAGUCCGGCCAUCUCCCUGACAAUGGAGCCGCUUUUAGGACAAGUGUCGCACAACAGCCCCCUACGACCCUGGGAGUCCAGUCACUAUGUGUCCUAUAAAGACAGAGACGGAGGUUACUACUAUGAGCACUCGCCACCUUUGGGAAUCGACCACUAUCUGAUUGGAAGUGACCACUCCAGUGAGCACCAUCAGGAAAGCUGGGGGUCGAGGAGCUUACGUCAGGCCCUGGGUGAGUUGGAGAACCCGCUGGGUGUCACCCGCACUGUGACCAGUCCACCUCAACAGGCCUACAGAGAUCCAUACCUGGACACAAGUCAGACCUCCAUCAUCGGAAAGAACGUGACUGGGGGUUACUACGACAUGAUGGGCUCGCUCAGGAAGACUAUGCCCAGCCACACAAGGCACAACAGCCACUCGGUCAGUAUCAACAUGGAGACAGAGGGGGCGCUCUUUAUCGGGCACAGAGACAGCGAUUCAGAAGAAGAAGAAGAGGAAGAUAUAUUUGUUGAGAGACACACCUGCAACACGUGGCCUUCAAAACACCGCCACAGCAGCGCGGGUCACCACAGACGGGCGAGCUGUAGACAGGACGCUUAUGUAGAUUUCCACUACACCAUGCCAAGCACAGACAUUGAGGACUCCUGGCCAGAGGAGAACAGCCUGGCCUUCCACUCUCUACCCAAACCUAUCGACUACCUUGAGCCGCAACAGGCCAAAGACAACAGUGCCUGCCUCAGUCUGAGCAAACACCACGCGAUGGUGCCUUCAGACAACUGCAACACCUACAUCUACCUGUGCCACGAGGGCGACACUCCGGCACCAGCGUCUGGAGAGUGCUGCCACUCCCACUUUGUUGACCCACUCACCGGUUUGCUCGUCAGAAACAACAGCUACAGUCACAGCAACUACGUCCGAGAUAAGAUCGUUGACCCCCCAUGCAACGAGGAGAUGAUCAAUCUAUCCCCCGCUCCAGGGGGUCCCAUUGUGGCCAAACCCACCUUGAUAAAGACUGAGGAGCGUGGAGAGCAGUAUAUUGACCUGACAACUAAUGGUUCCCCACUCAAAGAGAAGAGGGAGGAUGUAAUCAAGGAAAACCUAAUCAUGCAAAACCCCACAGAACCUAAAAUAGAAGAGGUGACGCUGACAAUGACGAUCCCUCCGCCUCCUGAUGACAACAUGCACGUGAUGGUGGCCCUCACAGACCCGGAGUCAGACUUGAGUCCCACUGGAGACAGCGGCGUUGACCGAGGCAGCUCCAGUGCUUGUCUCGCUGACAUCCUCGACUGCAGCGAUGAUGACGAGGAGGAGGAUGACAUCACUGAGGAUAUCACCGACGUCACCUCAGGCAUCUUCGCUGACGAGUCCAGUGAGCUGAGCGCUUCUCCUGCCUUCAAGUCUCUGCAGAAGCAGGUAGGAACUCCCGAUUCCAUGGAUUCCAUGGAUCUACCAUCUGCAGCUGGGUCCUGUGAAGGCUUCAGCCCCGCCUCCUCCAGCUCCCCUAAAGCUAUGGACAGUGGCUACGACACAGAAAACAACGAGAGCCCAGAGUUUGUACCCAAAGAGCCUCAUGAACCCAGAGAACAACCUCUGGCAAAGCCUACCCUAGAUACAAGCCUGGAGGAGGACGAGGAGCUGGAGGAGGCCAAGGAGGGGGAACCAUCACUGGGUGAAGAUGUGGCCUCAGGAGCCUCUCAGACGGGCGACCACAUCUUUUCACCACUAAGUGAUGAAACCCCGUACAGAGACUCAGCGUACUUCUCAGACUACGAGAGUGAGAAGCAGUCCAGGGAUGAAGGAGAAGAAUCAUCAUCAUCGACAGGAAGAGAUGAACAAAGAAUGGAAGAAAAGAAGGGAGAGAAAAGGAAGAGUGAGGAUGAGGAAGAACUUGAAGACGCUGCAGCAAACAAAGACAUCAAAGUUGAAGUGAAGCACAUAUCAACAGAAGGAACAGAAUUCUCUUGUCCACCAGAGAUGGAGGAAUACUUGAGAGAGGAUUGUCGAGAUGAGGAGUUGGGGCUUCCUCUGGAGCCCUCUGUGUCUAUAGAGGGAGGACUGGACGAAUGGCCGUCCCAGGACGAGAGCUCAUCUCUCGGGGACUGGGCAGCAGAGGUGGUGGGGGCCAUGGAAGAGGCGCUUGGGGCCCUGAAUGGAAACAGUUCACACAACGUUAAGGUAGAAAGUGACGAAGCAGAAGUCUUGGAAGACUCAGAACCAACAGAAGAGCCAGUGAUCAAGACCCUUCAGACCAGGACAUCCGGUGAAACCCUGCACUCUUUACCCAAAGACGAGGUGGCCCUGCAGCACACGGCUAACACCCGACGGUUCUCCACUUCCUCUCCUCCACCCCCGUCAACCCCUCCACCUCCGCUCCCUGCAACAGACGGCCGGGGGUCUCCAGCCGAUGGGGAAGAGGCGGAUGAGGAGGACGGCGACACAGACGACAGCGAUGAGUCCGAUGAGGAGCUGCGAUCCUACAGCAUGCAGGAGCAGAGCUGCGGGGAGGAGAGCGAGGAGGAGUGCCACCCGGUGCCCAUUGUGGUGAGCGACGACAGCGAGGCCCACAAACUGCGCAGCCUCCUCAAGAUGCCAACGCUGCUCACAGAGGAGAACCUGCAGGAGGAGCUGGAGCGCACGAAGAAGACGGUGUCCUUCUUUGACGAUGUCACCGUCUACCUGUUCGAUCAAGAAAGUCCGACUAAAGAGCUGAGUGAGCAGAGCUUCCCUGUGGGAGCCGAGGGUCAGAGGUCACACAGCAAAUCCAAAGAGAGAGUCACCGCCUCCGACGACUCCUCUGAUGGGAACAUCUCAGAAGAGAGUGCAGGGUACGAGUGGGAGGACGACUUCCCCCUCCUGCCUCUCCCAACGUCCUCAGGAGCAUCCGACUCUCCUCCCCCCCGCUCCGUCCCCAAAGCCCCGGACGCCAAACCGGCCGCUCAGUUCUCCCGCUUCACCGUCUCCCCCUCCAGCAUCUCCCGCUUCUCCAUCACUCACAUCACUGACUCUGAUAUGGACUCAGCAGGAGGAAGCAGCGAGGACGGAGACAAAGAGUAACGAGCUGUGGAUUUUUACCGCCUCUCUUUGACGACAGUUUGGCCUCUAGCAUGACUUCUGAAUUAUUUCAUAACGUCAGGUUUCAGAAACAAGACAGUGCCUCUCACCCUGUGGACACUUUGGAAAAGUCUUACCACCGUGUAGGACUGACCUACACUUAAAGAUUAUCAUUAAUAUAUAAAACUUUUACAGAAUAUUAAUAUAUACUGGAUGUAAAGAAUCUUUGAAAGCAGGGGACAUUUGUUUGUUGAAUUUUUUCUGAUUAAAAAGACAAAUGGACGGCGUUUGGAAAUAAAUCACGUUCACCACCUGGUUCACUUCUUAAUUUGUAACAGGGAGUAAUGCUGAGAGCGCGGCGCCCCCUGGAGGAGACGUGUCCAUCUGUCACAGAGUUUGGGGCUUUUUGACGAAGGAUCAGCAUUUUGAACAAGACUGUACAGCUCCACUGACUUUUAUCAGAAAGUGCUUCACUUGUCUUAAUGAACGUGGACGAGAAUCUCUGAGGUAUCACAAGUAAUAUAAUGUUAAUAUUUGGAUUCAUGCAGAGUCGAAGGUCACACGCAGGAAUCUGAACGGCUCCUGUUCGAAUGUUAUUUUGUGGAAACAGACGAGCGAACGUGGACAACCUGAUAUUUUCUCUUCUUAUUUUUUAUAAUAGAAAUCACUACAGUGCUGUUUUACAUGAUUAUGUGGCUCAGUCUCUCUCAGCAGCACCUUCACAACCAACCUGUUUUAAAUCAGGCACAGUGUCGCCAUGGCAACAAGAAGUGAAGGGAAUAGUUUUCAAAUAUAGCAAUGCAUGGUUUCAAGUAGCUAGGAAACAUUAGAAGUAUUUUUCGCAUUUGGAAUUGAGACAAAGACACAUGGUCACUGAAAUCCUUUCUCAUGUCGCAGCUCCAAAAGGAGAUCUUCAGUAUCUGGACUGCAACUAAUAACGACCCAGGCCAAUAGUGUUAGGAGACGCAGAUGAUUGGGUGUUGAUAUUAUUAAAGUAUUAAAUAUAUAAAUGUCUGUUUGUGUUAAUCCAGUUAAAUACCAGACAAAACAAAGAACUUCAUCACAUUGAUGCAAAAAUCCUGUAAAUCCAACAUGGUCCGAAAAGCAGCGAUUUGCAGCAAUAUCCACAAACACUGGAAUUACAUUGAUGACAAAUGUAUGAUUCAUAAUCUCCCUCGGCUCAAAAAGCCACGAUAUCAAAACUCAAACCUGCCCAACAGUAUUACAACAAGUCUAUUUUUCUCUGUGUUAGUCUGAACAAACAGGAUUUUUCAUAUGUAAAUCAGAACAUUAAAUUCUGAUAUUUGACAGCUUCAGCCCAUUUCUACCUUUUUAUCUGUUUUGAAUGGAAACACCCGACUUCACUGUUACUGACACAGAUGCUGUAUUUUGCCCGAGAUGAGCUUGUUCGGAGCAGUUUUGUAUGAUUCUGCUUUUCGAUGGCUUCCUCUGAAUAAUAAUAAUUUGGUUUAUUUAAUUUAAAAAAGGACAAGUGCGAGCGCCACACUGAAACAAAGAGAGUCAUAGGAUGAAAUAUUAAAAAAGCUGUUUUCAAGUGACGGAUCAAUGUUCAAUGUGUCUGAUCAGCUGAUUGAAGGACGGAGCCGAGGUCACGAUCCUGCUUUCUGUGUAAAUGUGAGGAGGGAGCGUGUGGUCGUCUCAUUCCUCUCCGAGGCUCUGGAGCCUGGAGCACGAAGUUCAACGCCCUGUGACCGAGUGUUUGUUUGCCUCUUUAAUAUUCUGUACGUUAGCAGCAUAGAACCAUCUCGACUAUCUGUAAUAUUUUUGUAUUUCCACGAAUACUUUGGAGAGUAUUGAUGUACUGUACCUGUGAAGGAGGGGAAGUAUGAAACAAUGUCUGUUUAUUUUUGCCAAAGAGAAGCUGUGUUGUGGUUCAGGGGCGAGACCAGUUUGUGUGGUGGUGACAGACGAGGAAGAUUGAACUGAUCUUUAAAAAAUAAUCGUGCAGGAGACGUUUUGGUUUGGAACAUGGUCAGUAAUGUGUCCCCCCCCACUGACCUGGACACAUCAUUACCUUCUGUACCUUCUAUCAAAUAUAAAUAAAGUCUGUUUUACACAUCUUA